GAGGGGGAGGCGGCAGGCAGCUCGCAGGCAUCAGGUGUGCAUGCAGAGAGGCAGGAGAGAAAGAGGAGAAGAGGAACAGCAGCCAGAUGAAUGAGCAGCUCAGUGCUGGACAUGCGAUAAGGGGAGCGCGGGACUGUGGCGGGUCUAUAGCAGUAUGUGUAUGUCAAGAUCAGACAUAGGAACAGUGGGGGAAGGAGGUCGACUUUUGUUAUUUAUCUGGAACUUGAUCAAGUAAACAAUGCAGUUCUGCAAGACACACUUAGACUAGUUGCUCUCCGGAUUCAUGCAUGAGGGGACGUGUUUGGCUCAGCGGUAACUCUGACACAGAGGGAAGGAAAGACUCAGAGUCCUUUCAUGUGACCAGGAAAUCUUUGAUUCUGCUGGACCAUGACUGGCAAGCAAGUGAGGCAGUGGAGGUCCAUGUGCAAAGGCCUGGUCCUGGGAACUCUCCUGACCAGCUGCAUGAUCCUUCUUUACUGCCUCUCCACCCCACAGAUCCACUUCAGUGUGCCUGAGGUUCCAGUACCUUACUCCUGUGCCCACCGACCAUCCCAGCUCCACCACAAACCGACCACCAACAGUUCCCAGAAGAGCACUGGCCAAACCUGCGCUCCUAAAGUCGAUAUUAUGUUCAUGAAGACCCACAAAACAGCCAGCAGCACUUUCCUCAACAUUCUUUUCCGCUUUGGAGAGAAACACCGACUGAAAUUCGCCUUCCCUGACAGCAGAAACGACUUCUUCUAUCCGUCUGUUUUCCAGCGCUCCCAGGUUAAAGACUACAGACCUGGAAUGUGCUUCAACAUCAUCUGUAAUCACAUGCGCUUCAAUGCACCUGAAGUGGCCAAGUUGCUGCCGAUGGACACAUCCUACAUCACUAUCCUGCGAGACCCCGCAGAGCUUUUCGAGUCAUCGUUUCACUACUUUGGUCGGUUGGUGCCUUUUACCUGGAAGAUACCAGGUGAUGACAAGCUGAACGAGUUCCUACUUGACCCCAAUAACUACUUUGAUCCAGAAGGCUUCAACUCUUUCUACCUCAAGAAUCUGCUGUUCUUUGACUUUGGACAGGACAACACUCUGGAGCUGGACGAUCCGCGGGUAGAGGAAGGAAUCAAGUUCAUCUCUGACCGUUUUCAGCUGGUCAUGUUGGUGGAAUACUUUGAGGAAUCGCUCAUUCUGCUCAAGGACGCCCUCUGCUGGGAAAUGGAUGACCUUCUCUUCUUUAAGCUCAAUGCUCGCAAGGGAUCCACUGUGUCUAAACUCACCCCUGAGCUGAGGGCCAGGGCCCUUGAGUGGAAUGCAAUUGACUGGAAGCUUUACCAGCAUUUCAACCAAACUUUCUGGAAAAAAGUACAUGCAUAUGGACGCCGACGUAUGGCUGAGGACGUGGCAGAGCUCAGGAAGAGGAACAAGGAGAUGGCGUCUAUCUGCAUCGAGGGGGGUCGUGCUGUGGAAGCUGGCAGCAUCCAAGAAACAGCCAUGCAGCCCUGGCAGCCAAUUGGAGAGAAGUCUAUCAUGGGCUAUAACUUGAAGAAGAAUGUGGACAAAGCACAUCGGAAGUUGUGCCGCAAGAUGUUGAUGCCGGAGAUUCAGUACCUAACAGAGCUUGGGGUGAACCUGUGGAUCACCAAGCUGUGGGGCCACAUCCGAGAUAUCAUCAACUGGUGACCAGGCAUGUGAGCAAGAGGGGCCAAUUCAACUAUGAAAGACUAAUAAAAGAAGAGAGCUGUGACUGUGUGGCUUAAACCGUUUCUGUCACAUUCCCUGUCUCAUUUUGUUGAAACGUAUCCAGAUUCACUUGUUUGCAUUAUAUGUGACGAUGCACUGUAAUCUAUCUGAUGGGUGCUUUAGAAAAAAAAAACAUAUUGUUGACCUCACAAUCUACAAAUACUGAACCAGUUUACUACAUUCAGAUGAGGUUUAGUGUUGUUGUCUGUUUGCGAGUCAAUUUUCAAACAUUAAAAUGUUCUUACUUUCAGACGUGAGCUUGUUCUAAUGGAGUAGUUGGGUGAACCAUGACGUUCAGGACUAAUUGUAUGAGCCCUUUAAUGAAAUAAGAAACCAUUGUUGCCAUCCCUGCCAAAUUGUCGAGGUAGUUUGAAGACAUGGAAAGAAUGGUACGCCACUUUGAAGUAAAUAAUGUCAAACUCUUUGGUGUCUGUCUCCGAAAACUCAAAGAGACUGAUUCCCUUCUAAGGGUUCAAAUGUAGACGUGAAACUAGUGAAUGUAAGUGUUACAUCCCACUUUACUGUCUAUGGAGGACAAAAUCGGCCAUCGUUUUUUUUUUUUAAAUGGCAGAUGUUUACACUUGUCAUAACAGGAAAACACAGGUUCAGCUAAUAACAUUAACAAUCACUCUGUUUCAGGGCCUCCAUUACUGCUGCUUCUAAAUCAAAUGCAGCCAUCAUUAAUGUUAUUAAUUAAACAUGUGCUUUUCCUGCAGUGGCAUCUUAACAUUUCUCUCAUUCAGAAAAAAGGUCUGAUAAAAAAAAUAUGCAAAGAAAUGAAUAAUUAAAAAGCGAAUGCAGCACGAUGCAAUCAAGAAGAAAAAGACUUUCUGUAUUUCUUUACUUAGCUUGUUAUUACUUUAUGAUAUAUGUUGACUUUACUGCUAUAUAAUGUGUAAUUUGGCUUUGUGCUCCAAGGCUCUUUGUAGCCAAGUCUCCUCUUUCUGCUGAUAUCACAAUGUUCAUUCUUAACGUGUGCUGCUGCCAGUUGUUUUGGCAGGAACACUGACUGUGUGGUGGGACUUGCACAGUGAGCCAAAAAAAUAGAAGAAUUUUCAGCCAAGCGAGGUAAAUACAUGUCUUUAAAGGUACUAUGACAGUGACUAACAGUGUUAAACACCACCUACAUGUGUUUACACAGCCUCGCUCUCAUAUCCAGCAGCAGCAGAAGGAAUUCAGUUAAUAAAAGCUAUAAUAAUUCUCCCGUCCAUGCACCACACCCCUCACUUAUUUAAUUCCAUUUCACAUAUUAUUUAUUCUUUAUUUCUAUGCAUUUAGUAUUUUGUUUCUAGUGUUUAAUAUUAGAUUCAGUUAUUGUUUUAUUUACCUGGUAUUUACUGAUUUUGUCCUCCAUACAAUCCCCCAUUGCUACCAGCAAUUUAUGAUAAUCUCCAUAAAGUGAAAUGUAAUAUUGUAUGAAAAAGACCAAUUCAGAAAGUUGUCAGCUUCCUCUCUGUCUGUGACUGUCUUUAUUACUGUAUGUAUAAUAGGUAGUAAGAUUGUUCCUGGUUUUAUUGUGUAUGAAUGUAUAUGACCUCCCAAUGUCUUGGAAUAAUAGGAAAACUAUUUUCUGUUCAGUUAAAUCACACCUUCCUAAUCUGGUGUUGGUGGCAUUGGUCAAUGAAUAAUAUAAGAGAGGAUUGUCCGGUUAAAAUGAGCUUAGGUUGUGGAUAACAGACCAAAGUGACAGCAGUUCCCCACUGACCCAUUAAAGUAUUCCUUGUUUAUCAGUGUUAGAAAAUCCUAAUUAUAUCCACUGUGAUUUACUGUUGUAAAAAUAAAACAUGGAAAAUCCAA